AUGGCUGUACAAGGAGUGCUUCAUGCACUCACCGAUCCCUUGAAUCAAAUCAGCCUUGCUACUGUGUUGUUGGUACUCCUUCUCGUCACCUACUUUACUCUCUCCUUCACCGAACUCGAAACCGUAGGCAAGCUCUUCAAUGCUGCCACAACUGCCGCGAAGUUUGCAUACUCCUGCUUCCUGAAGCCUCAUACCGGCGACAACACUGGCAACCAGCAAGAUGCUCUCGAGAGCUUCUACAAGACUCAGGCUAGCAUCUAUGAUGUGACUCGCUCGAGGCUACUUCGUGGAAGAGAAGAUAUGCUAGCUAUGUCUGCCGCUCAAUUGCGCUUUCAGCUCGAGCAAGGACAAUACAAUCGCAAGCCUGUAUGGGUUGAUUGUGGCGGCGGCACAGGCUGGAACAUCGAACAAAUGGAGAAGUUCCUUCCCGUAUCCAGCUUCUUCCACGCCGUCUACCUAGUCGACCUCUCGCCAUCUUUAUGCCAAGUCGCCAGAGCCAGAUUCGCCCGCCUUGGCUGGAAAAAUGUCAAAGUUGUCUGUCAAGAUGCUCGCACCUUCAAGCUCAGCGACUACGAGGAAGGCCCAAAUGAUGAGAAUGCUAUCUUCAGCAUUGGCAAGAGUGCACUCGACGAGGGCAAGGGAGCUGAUGCUGUCGGAGCAGAUCUCUUGACCAUGAGCUACAGUCUCUCAAUGAUACCAGAAUUCCACCCUGUCGUUGACUCGCUCGCCAACCUGCUUGCGCCUAACGGCAUCAUGGGUGUUGUCGACUUCUACGUUCAAAACCAGAUCCAGUUCCAGUCACGUAACUACGUUGGUGGUGUCAUCGAUCGUCACUGCAUGUGGAUCUCUCGUGUCUUCUGGGCUGCCUGGUUCGAAAUGGACAGAGUCUUCUUGGAUUCAUCACGUCGUGACUACCUUGAGUACAAGUUCGGCUCCAUUCUUUCAGUGAACGCCCGCAACCACUUUUUCGGCUUUAGAAUCCCAUACUACAUCUGGAUCGGCUGUCCCAAACAAACCAAGUCGUCCAUGACCAAACUCGCCGCUCUCGACGCAGCCGUGACAGAAUCUCCCUUCAUCACAGCUCUCGAUCUCCAGCGCAAGCAAGUAGGCGGUGCUCGCAGACCAUCGUCUGCCGAGCGUAGAUCGAAGGCAUACGAAUCCGCCAUCGUCAACCUUUCAGCAAGCCUACCUCUACCCGCAGCGUGGUACCAACAACACCACUGGCGUAUCUACUACGACGAGCAACUGCAAAAGCACAAGCAAUUCGGUGACGAAUACAUCUACGCUUUCACGUGGGAAGACGCAAGAGUCGAUGCCCGCCUGCUCAAGAUUACAUCCGAGGAUGUCAUCCUGGCCAUCACCAGUGCAGGCGACAACAUCCUCGCAUAUGCUCUUGAGCAACCAAAGCGCAUCCACGCUGUCGAUCUCAAUCCCAAUCAGAACCAUCUCCUCGAACUCAAGGUUGCAGCCUUCACUGCCCUCGGCUACACAGAUGUAUGGAAGCUCUUUGGCUCAGGUAAACACGAUGACUUCCGCUCCUUGCUCAUCAACCACCUGAGCCCCCAUCUAUCCUCCCAAGCCUUCGACUACUGGCUCCACAAAGGCGAAGCCACUUUCGGCACAAAGAGCAAAGGACUCUACUACACAGGCGGCAGCGCCACAGCAAUCCGUCUCGUAUCCUGGCUAGGCCGCCUCCUAGGCAUCCGCGGCGACCUCGAAAACCUCUGCAAAGCCUCCACUCUAAACGAACAGCGCGAAAUCUGGAGCAAGCGUGUCCGCCGCGUCCUCCUCAGCCAAUUCCUCAGCUACACCGUCAUCGGCACCGAAAAGUUCCUCUGGAAAGCCCUCGGUGUACCCGCCGCACAACGCCAAAUGAUCGAAUCAGAUUACCUGCGCCAGACCGAUCGCGAAGAUGCUAAAAGCCUCACUGGCGUCAAGUCAGGUCAAGCGAUUUGGGAGUAUGCGGUAAACACUUUGGACCCUGUUGUCAACAACACACUGGUGUCGGAGGAGAACCCAUACUAUCUGAUCUGUUUGCAAGGGCAGUAUACACAGCGUUGUCAUCCCGAGUAUUUGGCACCGAGAGCUCACGUCAAGCUUUCAAAGGGAAAUGCUUUUGAUGGGUUGAGGAUUCAUACGGAUGAGUUGUGUGAGGUUAUGGCUAGGAUGGCGCCGGAGACGUUGACGAUUGCUGUGCUCAUGGAUUCGAUGGAUUGGUUUGAUCCUGAGGGUCCUGAGGCUGAUCAUCAGGUCAAGAUUGUCAAUCGUGCGCUCAAGUUUGGUGGGCGUGUUUUGUUGAGGUCUGCUGGGUUGAGGCCUUGGUAUGUUGAUACGUUUGAGAAGCGUGGGUUCAGCGCGAAGAGAGUGGGAGCUCGCAUCCCGCCAGGCUCUUGCAUUGACAGAGUCAAUAUGUACGCUUCUACUUGGAUCUUGACCAAGGUUGGAGGUGUUGCGGACGAGAAGGAAUAGUAGGACUACGCACGAUAAUGAAUGACUUAAGGAUUUCGGAAGCCUCGAAAAUGUCGAUAAUGGAAUAGGUUUCACGCAUACUAGUAGAC